UUAGAGUGGUUGUGGAAGAUGGGUCGGGGAGAAAAUUGGUUAUGUGACUUAUUUCCGAUGUCUUAGGGAGCAAGACAUGUCUUCUUCUAGGAUCCAAUUAUUUGCCACUAUAACUAAGUAAAAGGUAGGGAUUAGAACACAACCAAAAUGUUUGAAGUCUACUAGAUUAGUAUUGAAAAAACACUCUCCAGAAACAGUAAUCAAACGUGGUCAGGUUUAAUAAAUAUGUGUAUAGUAAAGAAGUUUAUGUAAAUACUAGAUUAGUGUGGGGUCAAAGUAUAAGAUGAUAAGGGAAAAAUAUAUGUAGUAUCUAUAUCCUACUAAUAAAAUACCUCAGUUUAGUUAAGAACUGCAUCCAUCUCUGGGUAUAUGGAGAAGGUCCCUCGUAUGAUUAAAUCAUAGGAUUUCUGAUUUGGAUGAGAAAUUGGAAGCCAUGAUGACCAUUUUAGAGGAUGGCAGCAACUCUCCAAACGACGAACACAGAGAUUAUAAAUGGAGAGAAGACUUCAUGUGCAUGCUUGAAGAAUUUGGCCAGUCUUACCGCGCUUUAGCCAUAGCACAUAACCAACUCAAGUGCAAAAUAUCUGAUGGUACCUAUAAAACCUCUGAAAAUGAUGUCUUUCAUUCAAGAUCUUUAUUAUCUUCUGGUAUAUCAAAAUCUCCCCUGAAGGGUCCUGAUAUCAAUUUUGGUUGUACCAAUACAAAUUCUGUAUCAAAUAAGCAAGAAGGUGAAUACCAUGAGUUUUUAUCAGCUGACUCAUGCAGCAUGAAACUUAAACCAGAGCUUGAAGGUAGAGACACUGAAACAGAAGAAGGAAUGACUGAUCUCUCUAUCAAUAGAAAUGAUUCUAUGAAGAUUGGUGAUUCGGAAAUAAACCUCGAAGAUCCAUCAAUGGUGGAAUUUAAAUGCGACAAUAAGUGGUCGGCAAUGGAGUUUCAAAUUGCGAAGCUUACAAAAGAUAAUGUAAACCAAUUUAUAGAGUUGGCCAGAAGAAAUGACGAAAAGAGAGAAACCAUAAGAAGGCUUCACUUGGAGGUGGAAGAUUUGAAGCGUAAGAACAGGGUCCUGCUGUUUUCUUCAAGGUACUCCAAUGCUAAUUUAGAACGCCAUGAACCGUGGAUAUCAAACCCAGGAGGAAGUAACAUAGGCAAACUCUUCAGAGGUUGCUCUCCAUGAUGUUUUUGUAGAAUUCAUGAAACAAACUCUUGUGCAUAAAUCUUGAAUAACUAUAAAGAUAUACUUAGUCAUAUAAUAAGCGAAUAAGCACCUCUGGAACUGAGGAUAAAUUUAGGGGCAUGAUUUUUGUUUUUCAAU